AGAGAAGCUAAUCAGCGUCGCCGCGGUUCCCGGUUAUUAAGUGACCGCGGAGCUACCCGGACUCAGCGUCGCCUCAGACUCCGAGGAUGGGGGUCACAGCGCCCCGAACCCUCCUCCUGCUGCUGUCGGCGGCUCUGGCCCUGACCGAGACUCGGGCAGGGUCCCACUCCCUGCGGUAUUUCGACACCACCGUGUCCCGGCCCGGCCGCGGGGAGCCCCGGUACAUCUCCGUCGGCUACGUGGACGACACGCAGUUCGUGCGGUUCGACGGCGACGCGGAGAAUCCGAGGAUGGAGCCGCGGGCGCCGUGGAUGGAGCGGGAGGGGCCGGAGUAUUGGGAGCGGGAGACACGGAUCUCCAAGGGCGCCGCACAGACUUUCCGAGUGAACCUGGAGACCCUGCGCGGCUACUACAACCAGAGCAAGGGCGGGUCUCACACCAUCCAGUGGAUGUCCGGCUGCGACGUGGGGCCGGACGGGCGCCUCCUCCGCGGGUAUGAGCAGCACGCCUACGACGGCGCCGACUACAUCGCCCUGAACGAGGACCUGCGCUCCUGGACCGCGGCGGACACGGCGGCUCAGAUCACCCAGCGCAAGUGGGAGGCGGCCGGUGCGGCGGAGAGACACAGGGCCUACCUGGAGGGCACGUGCGUGAAGGGGCUCCGCAGAUACCUGGACAACGGGAAGGACACGCUGCAGCGCGCGGAUCCCCCAAAGGCACAUGUGACCCGCCACCCCACCUCUGACCGUGAGGCCACCCUGAGGUGCUGGGCCCUGGGCUUCUACCCUGCGGAGAUCACACUGACCUGGCUGCGGGAUGGGGAGGACCAGACCCAGGACACGGAGCUGAUAGAGACCAGGCCUUCAGGGGACAACAGAACCUUCCAGAAGUGGGCAGCUGUGGUGGUGCCUUCUGGAGAAGAGCAGAGAUACACGUGCCAUGUGCAGCAUGAGGGGCUGCCGGAGCCCCUCACCAAGAAAUGGGAGCCAUCUUCCCACCCCAGCGUCCCCAUGGUGGGCAUCAUUGGCCUGGUUCUCCUUGGAACUGUGCUGACUGGAGCUGUGGUUGCCACUGUGAUGUGGUGGAAGAAGAGCUCAGGUGGAAAAGGAGGGAGCUACACUCAGGCUGCAAUUAGUGACAGUGCCCAGGGAUCGGAUGUGUCUCUCACAGCUUGUAAAGUUUGACAUAGCUGCCUUGUGUGGGACUAAGUGUUCAUGCCUUCCCUUUGUGACUUCAAGAGCCUCUGACUUCUUCUGCAAAUGCUUCUGAAUGACUCUGCAUCCCUGUUUGCCUAAUGUGAGGAGGUGGCAGAGGCAGCCUACCCUUCUGUUCAUGGAGACCCUUUCUCCCACACUGACCUGUGUCCCUUCUUGAUUAUCUUUCCUGUUUCAGAGAGGUGGGGGUGGGAGGUCUCCAUCCCUGUCUCAACUUCAUGCACUGAGCUGCUUCCCUACUGAAAAUAAGAAUUUGAAUAAAUUUGUUUUUUCAAAUUCUUCCCAUGAGAGAGGCAAGAGUGGAAAUAAAAGGAAGACCUGAGAACCUUCCAGAA